AUAGCGGGUUUGGGUUUAAAUGUCAACUCGGGUCCUAGAUAUGAUGACUACUCAGUGAAUUCUUAUUAUCUAGCGGUAAAACUUAAGUGCAGGUUCAAACAAACAAAAACACAAAGCAAGUUAAACGGUUGUUUCAAGUCGAGAGAGGUCACCCGGAUAUGGUUCCCCCUAGACUGCAGUUAAGCCGGAUUGCAAUUACCAAGUUCAGUUUCUAUGAUAGUUAUACUGCGGAAAGUUCUUAAACAGUCUGAAGUGUCGACUAAAGGUCUCCAGACCCUCUUAAUCUGAGUCUCCAGCGGGCGACUAACCUCCACCGGAGUAAACAGAGUGAGGCCCUAAUGAACUAAACCUCCACUACCGAAUUGAAUUCGGUACAGAAUAGCGAAUUGGCUCCUCGACUAAAGUUACCAAUUCGCCACCUUCAAUUAAGGGUGCUCUAUCAACCUAGGUAGAUAUUCUCAUUCUAGGUUAAAGCAAAAACAACAGGAAUUUGAUCAGGAUUCAAGCCAUUCAAACAUUCAAGCCUCAAUCGAAUAUAAUCAACUCAUGAAAUCUGUACUUGGGUUCAUACAAUCAGACCUAACAUACAAAUCUAGGGUUCUCCAUACCCAGAUGAAUGGGAAAACUACUCCAUGGAGAGAGAAGCAAAAGCAGAUUCAGAUGCGGAAAACAUACUGUGAAGGAUGGGUUUCAGCUCCUGGUUGUCAAUUGGCACUUCUCCAAGCUCAAGCCGGGCUCCAAUGGUGAUGAAGAUCAAGCUAUGGCACUUGGGAACUCUGGUUCGUCGCUUUCUCUCUCUAGGAAUCGCUCUGUCUCUCUAAAACUCGGAACCCUUGAUUUUUGGCCUUCUUUUCCUUUAAAAGGCUGACUGUCGCGAUACCCGGUCGAAAUACCCGGUCGGGUAUUUUGGGUCUCGACCGGGUAUAAUUGAAACGCGCGUUUAAGAGAAGAGAAAAAUCCCCGGUCUUCUCUAAGAAUCCCCGACCGGGGAUUUAUGUUUCACGACCGGGACCCCUUCUGUUUCUCAGAUGCCAAAAACGAUAAAUACCCGGUCGGGUAUUUGAGCCCAUGACCGGGUAUUUUCCUCCUGCAGCACACUUCGACCCAACUUCGCUCUUUUCGACCCAAAACUCGUUUCCUCGCCUCGAUUCCAACGCCGGGCCCUGAAAUAUGACAUAAACGCACAACCUCGCGUGAAAUCGGCUUAAAACACGAGAAUCAACCUCUCAAACGGCUCAAGAAUAGUGGUAAAAACAGGUGUAAUUAUUGGUCUAUCAAUAUGGAUAUUACUUCUAUGAUGUUAGUUCUGUGAUGUCCAUAUAUUAAACAUAUUAUGCAUGGAUAUUUGUCCUUCAUUUUUGGAUAUUUGUCAGCUUUUUAUUGGAUAUUUUUCUAUGUUUACCGGAUAUUUAUAUGUGCUUUAGGGAUUUUGCAUAAUGGAAGACAAGGAGCACUCAUUGCGGCUAAUCUCUUACUCUGGCACUAUAAUGCCCAUGUAGUUGGGAUUAGACAUGGGGUAUUUGGGAUUCAAUUUGUUGAUGAUGUGGAUUCUAGUAUGCAAUUGGUUGUCCAGAUAUUAGUUAUCUCCCCCCAAUCAGGAUAUUACUCUGCCAUGUAUGGAUAUUAGUGUCCUGAUAUUUGUUAUGUGAGGUCAAGAUAUUUGUUAAAUGAUUCCUUCGAUAUUGCUCUGUUUGUAAUGUUAUAAUUGUCAUGUCUUAAUUGCUUUAAAUACUAGUUGUAUUGAGUGUUGAUUAUGGUUUUGCAUACUUGAAAACCAGUGUUUUGUUAUGGAAUACAUUUUGUGAUUUGGGGAUGCUAAAUACUAGUUCAUUUCAACAAUGAUACAAAUUAAGUAGAUAAAUAUCCAAACAAAACAAAUAUUCAAACAACACAGACUAAUGUCUAACCAUCACAUACUAAUAUCCAUUCAUACAAAACAAAUAUCCAAACCACCCAAGCUAAUAUCUGAACGUCGCAAACUAAUAUCCGUUCACCAUAACAACUAUCCACAUCCCAAAAAUGGCAUGAUCGAAACGUGGAGGGCUUGGAGGGAUAUGAUCAAAAAUAUUAUCGAAAGUUUGGCCAAGCAAGACAACAUUUGAACUAUUCCUUUUUCAUUUUUGUGGUUGUACUUUUACGGAUUUUAGAUUAUGAGAUUGCAAAGUUGGAAUGACACUGAAUAGUAGUUGUAUCGCGGUUUGUCGAAAAACGACUUUUUUGUUAUGGAUAUGUUUAAACUAAGGAUUUUGCUACGGUGACAUGCAUGUCACCGUGACAUGGACUUUUCGGUCAACCUAAUCCAACAUGCGGUCGACCAGACUGACUAAUUCAUGUAUGUGAGGUUCCGAGACGCGGUCGACCUCUUACAUAAUAUGGUCGACCUCUUUGGUGGACUAACAGAAUGAAAGAUCGACCCAAAUACCUCAUAGGGCGACCAUUGUGCACCUAACAGGUCGACCGCAUUAGAAAGCGGUCGACCGCAUUCACACCGUAUCUGUAUUAGACAAGGAUUCCAACACCAGAAAGGUUCCACAAUUGGACAAGAAAACGAAUUGGGUCGA